GUAUUAUUAUAUGAUAUAUGCUUCUUCGACUACUCCUACCUCUGAUAUGAAAAUUGAAAUUGACUGAUCGAAUCCUUCUGGACAUUUCUUCCGGCGAUCUCUACCGCAAAGUUAUCUAGAGGGCGGAGAAUCGGAAGAAUCGGAACACUCUGUAAAGUGCUUUCAAGCACAAACGGGGCAAUAUCUUCAGGAAUUUUUUUGAAGAAGGGUUUGUGAAUAUCGAUUUACAAGAUGUCGGGCCAAAGCCAGCGCCUUAAUGUUGUUCCUACAAUUACGAUGCUCGGAGUCAUAAAGGCUCGUCUCGUCGGAGCCACGCGAGGUCACGCGCUCCUCAAGAAGAAGAGUGAUGCUUUAACCGUGCAGUUCCGUCAGAUCCUUAAAAAGAUUGUCACUACAAAAGAGUCAAUGGGAGUGAUCAUGAAAAAUUCCUCCUUUGCUCUAACUGAAGCUAAGUAUAUUGCUGGAGAGAAUAUCAAACACGUUGUCCUAGAGAACGUCCAGACUGCUACCUUGAAAGUCAGGGCACGACAGGAAAACGUUGCUGGUGUUAAGCUUCCUAAGUUUGAGUACUUCACUGAUGGCGAGACCAAGAAUGAUCUGACUGGAUUGGCUCGAGGUGGUCAGCAGGUAAAGCAGUGUCGUGUUGCUUACAUUAAAGCCAUUGAGGUUCUUGUGGAGCUUGCAUCGCUGCAGACAUCGUUUUUGACGCUUGAUGAGGCGAUUAAGACUACAAAUCGUAGGGUUAAUGCUCUAGAGAAUGUUGUGAAGCCGAGGUUGGAAAACACAAUAAGUUAUAUCAAGGGUGAGUUGGAUGAGCUUGAAAGGGAGGACUUCUUUAGAUUGAAGAAGAUACAGGGUUACAAGAGAAGGGAGAUUGAAAGGCAGCGCGCAGCAUCCAAGGAUUUUAAAGAGGAACAGGUUGCAGAGAAAAUUUCAUUACAAAAAGGAAUUUCCAUAAGUUCAGCCCACAACUUGUUGGCAGCCGGGGAGAAGGAUGACGAUAUAAUUUUUUGAUUUAGAGGGAGCCUAGUAGAGGCCGGAGCACUUGUGCUAAAACAGGGAAUUCGUGGAACAUUGCCGCUGGGAAGCAACACCAUAGAGGUUUGGAGAGAUUCUCAAGAAAUGGUGGAUUGGUUACCAAGAAGAGAUGAUAUUGUGGCCAUGGGAGUGCUUUUCUGUUAUUUUAGAUACCCAGACUCUUUUGAAAUAUUUUGGUUCUGUAAUUAUUAUAAAACAGAAAAGGUGAGUGUGGCUUAUCAUCUAGCUAUCAAGGCAAGAACUAGGAAAAUGCAGGGGCAUUCACUGAUAACCUUUUGGACAUUUUAUCUUAUAAAUGAGGUAUCAUUUUUUAAUAAAAAAAAGAGUAGUACAAAUGAAAUUGCUUUU